AUGAUUCGCAAACAAGCUCGCCAGAGGAGGGACUACCUCUACCGCCGAGCCCUGCUCUUGCGCGAUGCCGAAGUCAGUGAAAAGCGAGCGAAACUGAGGGCCGCCCUGGCCUCGGGAAAGCCGUUAGAUCCAGAGAUCGCAAACGACAAGCAACUGCGAAAAGACUACGACUACGAUGUCUCCCGAGAUAUCACUCAAGGCGACGCUGCGGAUAUAGACGACGAGUAUUCGGAACUGUCGGGCGUUGUAGAUCCAAGAGUUCUGGUUACAACGUCACGAGAUCCCAGUUCCAGGUUAAUGUCCUUCUCCAAGGAGAUUAGAUUACUCUUCCCUACUGCCAUCCGUCUCAAUCGAGGAAACCUCGUGCUUCCAGAGUUAGUACGGUCGGCUCAGAGCGAGCGACUCAGUGACAUUGUUCUCCUUCACGAACACCGUGGCACACCAACAGCUAUCACCGUCAGCCAUUUUCCUCACGGACCAACGCUCAUGGCCUCGCUACAUAAUGUAGUGUUGCGCGCAGACAUCCCCCGGUCGAUCAAGGGGACAGUCAGUGAGAGUUACCCUCAUCUAAUAUUUGAGAACUUCAAGACACCGCUCGGCCUCCGGGUAGUCAAGAUCCUGAAGCAUCUGUUCCCUCCCCGAGACCCUGCCGCCAGCAAGACAGCAGGCAACCGGGUCAUUACAUUCCUAAACCAGGAUGAUUGCAUAGAAGUCCGUCACCACGUCUAUGUCCGGACGAGCUAUAACUCAGUUGAGCUGAGCGAGGUCGGGCCUCGCUUUACAAUGCGGCCUUUCUCUAUCACCAUGGGCACCCUCGAAAAUAAGGAUGCCGACUUGGAAUGGCAUUUAAGCCAGUACACGCGCACAGGCAGGAAGAAGAACUACUUCUGA